AUGAAUAUAAAAGUUACCCCAGUUAACUUAUCUUUUGGGACUGAAGCUCAACUUGAGGAUUCCCAGAGCACCGACACUAUGGAGGUGGAAAUUCCAACAGGCUUAGAAGUUGGUCAUCGCGGCUUGGGUGCCAGUUUUAAAACUAAAGAAGGAAAUGCUAUUCGUGAAAAUACAAUAGCUUCCCUAAAAAAAGCUGCAGCCAGUGGUGCAGAUUUAUUGGAAUUUGAUGUUCAGCUAAGCAAAGACAUGAUUCCAGUUAUAUAUCAUGACUUUCAUGUAUGUAUUUCUAUGAAAAGAAAAAAGGAAGUUGAUUUUACAGAGAUGUUAGAAUUGCCUGUGAAGGAUUUAACUUUGGAGCAUCUGCAGAAACUUAAGGUCUACCAUUUAGUAGAAGGUCGUAAUCAUGAAAUUUUAUUUUUUGAUGAAGACUUAGAAGAGCAUCAGCCUUUCCCCACAUUAGAAGAUACUCUCAAAAGCAUUGAUUUACAUGUUGGGUUCAAUAUUGAAUUGAAAUGGACAAUGGAGCUCAAUGAUGGAACUUUUGAAUUAAACAAUCCCUUUGACAUGAAUGUUUAUGUGGACAAGGUGUUGGAAGUUGUUUUGAAACAUGCAGGGGAGCGGCGAAUUGUGUUUUCUUGCUUCAACCCGGAUAUCUGCACAAUGGUUCGGAACAAGCAGAACAAGUACCCAGUGAUGUUCUUAACUGUUGGCAUCACCAAUAAAUAUCAGCCUUAUAGGGAUCCUCGAUGCUUAACAAUACCUGCUGCCGUGCAAAAUGCGAUAAGCUCGGACAUAUUAGGCAUCGUGGUUCAUACGGAAGACUUGCUGAGAGAUCCAACCCAGGUAAAACUUGCCACCGACGCCGGAUUGGUCAUAUUUUGUUGGGGUGAUGAUAAUAAUGAUAAAAAUACCAUAAAGAAACUUAAAGAGAUGGGAUUACACGCAGUGAUUUAUGACAAGCUCGAUCAAUAUACCACUAAAGAAGUUAAGGAGAGCAUAUUCUUGGUGGAGGCGCGAGAGUCGCAACGCGAGUUAAUGAAACUAGCUGCAUUGGAGGAGAUACCGGCUUCUGGAACUUCGUCCACAUCAAACAAUAUUCAUGAUUGUGAACGUCAUGGCUUCUUAGAUCUUUCCGUGCGCAACAAUUUAGAAGAACAUUCUACAGUUACAUCCCUAGAAUCCCUUGCUUCCUCCAUCGAUCUCAGAGACGAUCUAAGUGAAAGAAGUUUAAAACGCAACAGGGAUUUGAUUAUGACCAUUGAUAAAGAAUCCCAAGUUAAGGAACAAAGAAACUCGUUUUUCGGUCUGUUUCCAUCUGGAGAUACUGCCAAAGGUUCUCCGAAAAAAGUUCGUAAAGAUAGCAAU